AUGCCCUCCGCACGAAGACCAACGAGGCCUUGGCGGCGGACGAGCUCGGCUUUAGAGGACCCAUCAUCCCUCUCAGUGAGGGACAGCUGCACCAGACCAUUCGAGAGAGAGAGAGAGAGAGAGAGAGAGAGAGAGAGAGAGAGAGAGAGAGAGAGAGAGAGAGAGGGAGAGAGAGAGGGAGAGAGAGAGAGAGAGAGAGAGAGAGAGAGAGAGAGAGAGAGAGAGAGAGAGAGAGAGAGAGAGAGAGAAGGCCCAGCACCGACUGCACCAACGGCGUUGCGACUGCCGCUUCCGCACGACCUUCCCUGA